AGUUGCCUAGAAGCACAAGAGGCUGAUCUUUCAUCGCGCAUCUUUCUCCUCCAAUAUUCCGAGUACCUUUAUUUAAUCCAGACGUUUUCAAGCUAUCUUCAUGACGUUCACCACUACACGUCAACGAAGAAUGGUAUUCUCUCUGCACUUCCCACGGCUUCCUUAUGGUUGUCGAAACUCGCGAGCAGCUACGCCAACACUUGGCUGCAGAGGCACACCAAUUGGAAGAGGAGCACUAUCUGCAAAGUGUUGAACUCGAUAGCGUCGCUUGGACUUGGCGCCUUUCUUUUCGCAGCCACACUUCUGGAUUCUUCGCGUGCACCGCUCGCGGUCUUGUUUCUUUGCCUGAGUAUGGCGUCAGCAGGGCUACAUACGCCUGGGUGCCAGACAGCCCUCGUUUCGUUGGCACCGGCCUACUCUGGAGCAAUUACUGGUUUCACGUUCUUCUUUGUGGCUUGCUCCGGGAUUGUGAAUCCAAUAAUGACCAAAUGGAUCGCUAGGACUCCCAUCCGGUCAAACGCACGACCCCUCCAACCAUUUUGGUAUCCCUAA